AUGGCCAGACUGUCUUGGCUACUGCUCCCGCUGCUCUGCGGGAGCAGCCUUGCAAAAGAAGGUUCAGUUGUUCCUGAUUUCGUUCACUCUUCGUCCAGCCAUUCCGCUCGUUUCACUGCCCCUACUUUCGUUCUUGACGCUCCUUUGGAUACUCAUCUUGCCCCUGACACCCUCCCCUUUGUUGAUACCAAUCUAUUCCCUCGAGAGGCCGAUGCACCUCAUUGGCCACGAGAUGACCCGUCCGAUCGGCUCGAGAAGCGGGAGGUCGAUACUGUUACAUCGACCUCCACUGCCAUCAACCCACUCCUCAGGGGAUGCAGGCCGCGGGUGAACAGGCUCUCAUCCUCUGAUUCGUCAUUCACUACGGCUACCUCGACUAUCUCGUCGGAUACUCAACAGACACAAUCGACAGUCGCAUCCACCACGACUCAAUCUUCGUCGGAUGUCGACCAGUCCACUACGCAAAGCACCCAAUCUUCUGAUACAUCACUUACUCUUGGCGCCACCACUUCAACGGAGUCAACGAGCAGUCAGACGUCCUCCUUCAAAUUACCAUCCUCUACGACCUCGACUGAAGCUGUGACUUCUCUCUCAGCAUCGACAGAGUCUAGUGUUGAUACUGCCUCAAGCUGGACUACGACCACUCAAUCCUCGACUGAAACAAUCGAUGCCGACACAUCCACGACUUCAGGAUCUGUCUCUGAGGAGAGCAGCACGACCCUGACCAGCGAGACUGGUGCUACAACCUCGUCUCAGUCGACAACCUUCUCAACUGGCUCCACUACGGAUCAAUCCUCUUCAGUCGGGACCACCACCACCACCCAGGAGCCAUCUAGCGAGACCAGCGCCACGGAAUCAGCCUCUGAGACUAGUUCAACACAAUCUCUUGUGUCUUCUAGCACGGAAUCGGCUUCCCAGUCUCAGUCGGAGACGUCAUCAUCAACGGACCUCCUCUCUACCACAUCCACCUUCCCUACAUCUUCUGGCCAGACCACUUCAGAGAGUGUUGCUCCAACAUCGACUGACUCCCAUCUAGUGCUUACAGUCGCCGCCGACGGAAGCGGAGACUUUACCGCCAUCAAUGAGGCCAUCAAGACUGCCCAAGCGAGCGGAUACCCCACUGUCACCGUCCUUGCUGGCACCUACACCGAGAACGUGGUGAUUGCGGCUACGCCUACUGUCACUGUUAUUGGAGAGGUUUCUAAGAAGCGCGACUACACCUCUAACAGCGUCGUCAUCGAGAAUGGCGGCGGUGCCAACCCGGCCUUGUCUUUCUCGGUAGCCAACAACGCUGGCACGACCUGGAAGAACAUCAAGUUCUCCAACUCGCAGGCUGAAGGCACUGGUGGAGCGGUGUUCCUUCGCGGCUCUAAGAAUGCCUUUUACGGCUGUCAGUUCGUCGCUGCUGGUAUUGCCGCCAUCACGGGCAGCUGGUCAUCCGCCAUUGUGGCCGACUCGUACAUUGAGGCCCAGGACAAGGUCAUCUACAACACCCUGUCUCUCUACAUCUACGGAUCCACCAUCACGGCCACCAAGAGCAAUGGACUUCUCGUGUACAACAAGGGCGGCCUAGUCGGCUCGACCAUGUACAACUCUACCAUUGUCUUUGACACGUCCAGCGUCAUCCAGAAGAGCGGACUUACCAACACUAAGGUCUACCUGGCCGCGGCCAACGGAGACGGUUCGGUUGUUGUUUACAGAGAUUCUAGCCUGGCUGGUUUCUUGGCUGCUACUGGUGUCUAUGUCGACUCCAAGACGCAGUCAACUGCCAACAAAUACAUUGAGUUCGGAACUACCGGUGACGGUAGUUACCCGAACCAUGUUACCGAUCAGGAGAAGUACAUCUCUUGGGUUACCAAGGUUGACGAGCUUGCGCCUUAUGACAUCUCCGCCUUCUUCAAGAACGUCAACCCUUCCGUUGCUGUCUCCAACACUGACUGGAUUGACUCUGGCGUACUGGCUGCCAUCAAGGCUAGCAAUGCCAAGGAUGUUUCUACACCGGAAACGACCUCAUCCACCAGCAUCGAGACGACAUCAACGACUGCCGUUGAAUCAACCUCAACAACCGCGGAGUCUACUACUGCGCCAUCCGAGGCCGCUACGACCUCUACUACCGAGAGCCAUGAGACUUCAACCACCGAGGCGACAUCAUCAGCUGCGGCUACAACUUCGACUUCCGCGUGUGCCUUGCCCUCAUCUGUGCCAAGCACGGCCGUAGUCGUUGGCCCCGAAGGCAACAAGUGUGCUUCUUACAACAGCAUUGCCUCAGCUGUGGCUGCUCUCCCCAACGAUGCCACCACUCAGUACAUCUACGUCCUGGCUGGCACCUACAAUGAGAAGGUUUCCAUAUCUCGCACUGGCGCCACCACCAUUCGUGGCCAAAGUACCGAUGGCUCCUCAUCCAAGAACAACCGCGUCACCAUCUCUGCAAAGAAUGGUCUUCUUUCAAGCAGCGGCGGCUCUUCUGGAACCGCUACUUUCUCUGCCAACAAGUAUGAGGCUAAGCUGGUGUCCUUCUACAACAUCAACUUUGAGAACUCGUUUGAUGCCGCCACCAACUACGUCGCUAUGGCCGUCUACGCCAAGGGUACGAAGGUGGCCUUUUACGGCUGCAACAUUGCCUCGUCUCAGGGAACUCUGUAUCUCGACUAUGGCAACUUCUUCUUCAGUCACUCUCGUAUCGAGGGAACGACAGACUUUGUCUGGGGACAGGGCGCUGGUUACAUUUACAACUCUGUCAUUGUGACCAAGGGAACUACUACCGGCCAGACGAUCGCAGCUUACAAGUUCCAAAGCUCAUACGGUGGAUCUCGUCUGGUGUUUGACCUCUGUGCCGUUGUGCCUUCUGAUAGCUCGGUCCCUGAAGGAUCUACCUUCCUGAGCCGAGACAGUACCAAGGCUAAUGUUGCUUUUGUCAACUCCUAUCUCGACGGUCACAUUGCAUCUGCUGGAUGGAAGAUGUCGUCACCUUCAACCUUCACUGGUUCGUUUGUUGAGGGAAACAACACAGGACCAGGAUAUGACUCCUCGGCCCGUGCCUCAGCUGUCACUAUUACGGAUGAUACGUCAUCCUACAAGGCUGCCAGCAUUCUCGGAGAUGAUUCCUGGCUUGACAAGGAUGCCAUCGCACCAUUCGCUGGCUGGCCCAAGUCUGUCUAUGGGUCAGAAGAUGUUUCCAGCACCACCACUUCUGCCGCCACUUCUGCUUCCGAGACAGCUUCCAGUACCUCGAGCGCCUCGAUCGCUGGAUCAACCUUGACCGUGGCCCCUUCGCCAACUGGAAAUGAAUUCUCGACUGUCGCCUCUGCCGUUGCUGCCAUCCCCAAUGACGGCGAAGAUUACACCAUCUACAUCAAGGCCGGAUCUUACAACGAGCAGCUUACCCUCACGCGAACCAGCGGCCACAUCACACUCCGUGGUGAGACAAGCUUUGAGAAUGACUUUACCCAGAACAAGGUUCUCAUCUGGUUCAAGCUGGGCUACUCGACCAGCGCCUCCAGGAACGAGGAGACUCCCGUCAUCUUCUGGAAGAACACACAGAACGCAGGACUCUCGCUGUACAACCUCAACUUCACCAACACCUACCCCCAGACGAGCAGCACGGCAGCUUUGGCUGGUGACUUCUUUGGCACCAACAUGGCGGCCUACGGCUGUGCAUUCAAGGGUUUCCAGGACACUCUGCUUGUGAACCAGGGUGUGCAGGUCUUCAGCAACAGCUACAUCGAGGGUAGUGUCGACUUCAUCUGGGGUUACAGCAAGGCCUACUUCCACCAGUGCUACAUUGCUUCCAACACACCAAACGCCUACAUCACUGCUCAGAACCGCAAGACCUCAUCUUGGGCUGGUGGUUUCAUCUUUGACACUUGCUUGGUCACCUACACUGAUAGCUACGGCUCCUCUUUUGGAUCGACCUCUCUUGGUCGUCCCUGGUCGCAGUAUGCGCUUGUCGUCUACAAGAACUCGUACCUUGACAAGCACAUUUCCGCUGCUGGCUGGGCGGUAUGGUCAUCUAGCGCCCCUCAGACUUCAGAUGUCCUCUUUGGCGAGUUCAACAACACUGGUCCCGGAAACUGGACUUCGUCUCGUGCAAGCUUUGCAAAGGAGCUUACCGAGUCUGAGGUCGCGCCCUAUUCUCUGGGCUCAUUCAUUGGUAGCACUAGCUGGCUCGACAUGAAGGCGUACAACUAUGCUCCUAGCUAUACCAUUGGCGACUCGACUUCAUCUUCAACCACGACCCCGACUGAGACAGCAUCCUCAUUCCCCUUCCAUCUCACUGAUGGCACUGCUCCUCCCAAGGGUGCCGUCCUUGUCUCGGUGAAUGGCGAGAAGGAGGAUUCCUACUCAAGCGUGACCGAUGCCCUGGCCAGCCUUCCCAAGGAUUCGACAGAACAAGUCAUCUUCAUUUAUCCCGGUACUUAUGAGGAGCAAGUCCCCGCCAUCAACCGACCUGGCCCUGUCACCAUCAUCGGAUACACCGAGACCGAGCCUGGCAAGACCUACAGCAGCAACCAAGUCACCAUCACCCAAGCCAAGGGUCUCUCUGUUGCGGGUACCAUUCCUGCUGGUCGAAGCAACGCUGAUACCGCCACCAUCGCCACUGCAAGCACCAAGAUUGCCUUCUACAACGUCAAGUUCAUCAACACGGACAACCUGGACGGCUCCACUCCCAGCUACGUUGCUCUGGCUGCCAGUGUCUACGGCAACAAGAUUGGUUUCUACGGUUGCUCUUUCGUCGGUUGGCAAGAUACUCUUCUCAACGGCGCCACAGAUGGUUACCAGUACUACGAGAGCUGCUACAUCGAGGGUGCUAUUGACUUUAUCUGGGGUUACAGCAAGGCUUACUUCAAGGGAUGUACUCUUGCAGCCAAGCGAGCCAAGUCUGCCAUCACGGCGCAGAGUCGAAAGAGCGACGCGGCCAUCGGAGGUUACAUCUUUGACCAAUGUCUCUUCACAGAAGCUGCCUCGGCCACUGUUGAUCUCCAGGGACAGGUCUACCUUGGACGACCUUACUCUGCGUAUGCCUUGGUAGUGGUCAAGAACAGUUAUCUGGACAGCAUCAUUCAGCCUGCCGGUUGGAAGAUCUGGUCUACUACUGAUCCUCGAACUGACCACAUCACUUUUGCCGAGUACGCCAAUGAGGGUCCUGGUAGCUGGGAGAAGAACACGGCUGCUCGAGAAGGCUUUGGAUAUGCCACUCUUCUCACGAGUGACUCGUACUCCCUCACAUCCGUCAUGGACAGCACUGACUGGAUCGACAAGACUUUCUGGGAUUCGAUCACCACACCCAAGCCAAGCACAUCUGUCGAGCCUACUCCCGGUACUACCGAGUACAGUGGCACGACUCCUCCUGCUGGCGCUUACAUCGUCUCCAAGGAAGCCAUUGAUGGAGUCACUACCUAUGCCACCAUUCAGGAAGCCAUCAACGCUCUUCCCGCUUCUAGCAAGAUCACCCCCACUGUCUUCAUCUACCCUGGUACAUACAAUGAGCAGAUUGUUCUCGCGAGAGCCGGAACAACCAUCUUCCUUGGAUACUCCGAGUCGCCUGAUGACUACUCCCAGAACCAGGUUACAAUCACCUAUGACAAGGGUAUCGACACUCAGGCUGACGCCUCCAACUCGGAUUCCGCUACCUUCUACACCACUGGUAACUAUUUCCAAGCUGUCAACAUCAACUUCAAGAACACUUUCGGCACGACUAGCAACUACGCUAGUCUUGGCUUUGGUGUCAAGAGCAGCAAGUAUGCCUCGCUCUACGGCUGCCAAGUCUACGGCAACCAGGAUGCUCUCCUCAUCAAUGGCUUCUUCUUUGCCUACAACUCGUACUUUGAGGGCAACAUCGACAUGAUCUGGGGUUCUGGAGCGGGUUACUUCCUCAAGUCGACCAUUUCACCAAACCGGAACGGUAUCGCCUUGACUGCCCACAAGAGAACGGACACCACUACACCAGCUGGUUUCGUCUUUGACCAGUGCACAAUCACCCCUGCCAACGGUGCUUCGUACUCGACUAUUUACCUUGGUCGACCAUGGAACCAGUAUGCUCGUGUUGCCUACGUUGAGUCCGACCUCGGCUCCUGUAUCCCCGCCGUUGGAUGGGAUGACUGGACGAACGCUGACCCUAGAACCGGAAACGUCAUCUUUGGAGAGUAUGAAAACACUGGUGCUGGAUCCUCCACCAGCAAGCGUGCCUCUUUCGCCAAGCAACUGUCUGGUGAUGAGGCUGCUCAGUUCGAGUUGGGCACUUUCUUCGCCGCUACGGCCUGGAUCAACUCAACCCUCGUGUCCGCGACACCCUUUGUUGCAGGCGCUGUUCCUACUGGAACGUCAAGCUACACAACCGUCUACACCACUCAGACAGUCACCUCGUCUCAGACACUCUUCGCCACCGUCACAGCCUCUGACAAGACUGUCACCAGCAAGUCUACUUCUGUCAUCGAUGUCGGAACCACCAUCACGCCUGAUCCUACCACCAAGACAACUGUGGAGAAGACAACGAUCACGCAGACCUCAAAGACAACCGAGGCUGAUGAGCUCAUCACCUCCAAGUCGACCCAGACUGUUGACGUUGGCACCACCAUCACCCCCGACCCUGUCACCAAGACUUCAACUAAUGUCAUUGAGUCGACUAUCACGUCUUGGGUCACCACCACUGCCAAGGCUGUGACGACAACCGUGACAACCACCGGUGCUACUGUGACUCCCAAGUCAGUUACGUCCAAGGAGACUGUCUUGACCACUACCUUUGCCACCAAGACGUCAACCCCCAAGGCUGUCACUGUUUCCAGCACCAAGACUGUCACAUCUGGAACCGGUGGAGUCACGACCACCUCGUUGAAGGCGACUACCGUGUACUCGACGGUUGUGACCACCUCGACUGAGACCACAAGCAAGAAGACGACGAUUACUUGCAUUCCGACCAAUAAGCGUCGUGAUCUGGAUGGUCUUGUGGCUGUGGCAACGAUCAAGCCCAGAGCUGCGGUCGUCUAUGGUAACCCGUCCAUCGAUCUUGCUGCCGGUCUUACACACCGUGACUUCAUCGAGCUUCAAGUUCGCGCUGCUGGUCUAGUUACGGUUACGUCGACAGUCGUUACGACCUAUACGACUAACGUCAAGACGUCAACUGCGACUGUUCCCGGAAGCACCACUACGACGCUGAGCAUCACGACCAAGACGACAGGCAAGACGUCUACACUCAAGCCUGUCACCGUCUCGGAAACGACCACCUCUGUGGCCACCAAGUACACCACAGUUACGAUCCCUGGCUCUAGCUCGACCACCACGAUUGUCACAACCAAGACGACUGGAAAGACCACGACUCUCAAGGCUUCCACCACCACUGUUGUGCAAGAUUCCACCUCCGUCGUCACCGUCAAGAAGACGACCACCCUCCCCGCCAAGACUGUGACGGCCUACAAGACGGUGACCACCACGCUCGCGACAGGAACUGUGAAGGUUACAACCACAAGCACUGCCAAGAAGACGUCCACCAUUACGCUUCCUGUCGAGACGGUCACGAGCUGGUCUACCGUCAAGACCACACUGACUCCUUCAAGCACAGUCACCUUGAGGAGCACGGUCUCCAAGACGACGACAUCGACGGUGAAGGCGACGACGACCAAGUGGGUGACUUCGACAAGCAAGGGUGCUGCUGCUUGUACCAAUUAG